AUGCAGCAUCAUGGACUAAAUUUAUUAUCGCAGGACAUACUGUGUACAGUCAAUGUACAGCAUGACUGCAUCCAGAAUCAUUGUGAGGCGGAGAAGGUGGUCCCGCUUCUACAAGAAGGGGAGAUGACUUCGGAACUACGUGAAAGGAUUGUUCACCAACGAAACCCAGAUCAGAUGGUCCUGAAUACAGCACAGAUGCGUAGCGCUAAACACAUUCAACCUUUUCAAGUCCCUUCUACCUGA